ACAGAAAGUUUGGAGGCCAAGCAAGCAGUGGGAUACCAACGGAUAGGAAGUGACGGGACUGCAUGAAUUGCAGAAGUAGGAAAAAGCGGUGACGGGAAUAUCAACACAAAGCCGAAAGAGAAGCAACGUGUGCGAUCAUCGGCUGUAGUACGGAGAGCAAACUGAAAUGCGCAUGAUCUUAUCAACAACGCUGGAGCGAGACACUUUCAAUGGAAGUGACCUGGGAUCCCAGAAGUGAGAAGCAGAGAUUUUAGUUAAGAACCUAUCCAUUUUCAUGAGCGUACUUGUGAUACUGGAAACAACUUGCACACAGUGGACCAUAUGGAAGUGCGACAUGCGAUCUAUAGUUUGAAAAUGAAAGAAACGACUUUAAAUAAAAAUCAAAGAAAAUAGUUAGGGGAUAUGAACGCAGAUCUUUGGAUUUCGCCGCGGUUUUUUCAUCUGUCGUGUUCAGUUUUGCGCAUUUUGGGUAUGUUUGCGAGUUGCGUCUCUGUGGCUUCAGUUCGGAUACUGACCCGGAUCUGCGCCCUGGUGCUGCUGGUGGCGGUGGGACUGUGCUCCGAGCUGAGGGUCCGGGUCCGGCUCGCUGACGGGCUGGUGACCGAGGAGGUUUUGGAGGCGGACAUUGAGAGAGAUUUGAUAUCAGUCGAAUUCAAGCAGGGAGACGGGGCACUCAUCACUUUUGUGGCGGACUUCAAACAGGAUGUGAAGAUAUUCAGAGCGCUGAUCCUGGGCGAGCUAGAAAGAGGACAGAACCAAUACCAGGCCGUGUGCUUCAUCUCUCGCCUUAGCCGCAAUGAGAUCAUCCCGAGCGAGUCAAUGGCCCGUCUCAGACAGAAAAAUCCUCAUGCCAUCAGAUUGGCGGAAGAGCGGAGAGGACUGGAGCAGCUGACGAUGAGCGCCGCGGUUAAUUUAAGUCAGGCCUCUCAACUCAGCUCCCACAUUCACAAUAUGUGCAGCGAGGCCCGGGAGGCCAUUUACACCAGGGAGUCCGAUGUCAAACACUGGCUGGAUAAAGGAGUGGAUGGCUCCAUAUUCGAGGUCCUGCCUCAAACAACAGAGGCGCCCAGCUUUCAGGCCUGUCACUCUACUAAAGACUUGUGGCAGCCCUGUCUCUGCACAUACAGCCUGCGUCUGGAGUGGUACCCAUGUUUGCUGAAGUACUGCCGCAGUCGGGACACCACAGGCAAAGGCUCCACCUACAAGUGUGGCAUCAAGAGCUGCAGCAAGGGCUACCAUUUCACAUACUAUGUUCCCCAAAAACAGAUGUGCCUAUGGGACGAGGAGACCUAGCAUUUGAUUCUGGAUCGUUAAGAAAAGAUAAAUACUUUUUUUUCCCUAGCCAAGUCAAUGCUUCCCCACCCAGGCUAUUCAAAGUAAAAGGUAACACUGGACCUCGGUUUAUGUGAUGUUUAGUGAAACUGUCUCAGAUGGGGAGUGGUGGGAUCCAGAUGUUCAAGCUGAAAUAUAAAUGAAUUCAGGUUCAAAAUGAGACCAAAACCAUUACAGUAAGCAGAAAUGCAACGUGUGUUUCUAAGAGAAACCACUCACUUUUGGCCUUUUCUGGAAAAAUGUACAUAUUUUUGUAAAACGAUAAUGUGACUUU